AUGUCGUCGUCUGCUCUCACGACAACGGACAUCGGCGCCCUCACCUCUUCAUCGACGGCCUCAACUCCUGCCGCGAUCUCGCUCUCCGUCCCUGUUCGUCUUGACCAUGGCAACUUCCUGCUAUGGAAGGGCCUCCUACUGCCCAACCUCUCCGGCGCCGAUCUUCAUGGGCAUCUCGAUGGGACCAAGCCCGCGCCGGCGAUGGAGAUCACCACGGGGGAGGGCGACAAGGCGGUGACCGUCUCCAACCCCGCUUACCACCACUGGUGGACUCAGGACCAGAAGGUUCUGGGCUUCCUCAUCGGAGCUAUGGAGCCGUCCAUCUCGUGCCAGCUAAUUGGUUGCAAGACGGCGGCCGCGGCGUGGACAUCCGUUCACGCCAUGUUCGGCGCCCACAGCCGCGCCAAUGUCAGGAAUAUUCGGCGUCAACUCCAGAGCCUGCGGAAGGAGGAUCGAUCCGCAGCUGAUUACAUGCACAUGAUGAAGGCUCUGGCAGACUCCAUGGCCGCCGCCGGAUCGCCCAUCUCCGACGAUGAACUUGUCGAUUACAUCAUCACCGGGCUUGGCUCAGCGUACAACGGCAUCGCAGCAUCACUCACCGUUGGUAACAAGUCCGUGCCUUAUGUUGAUUUUUACUCUCACAUCCUCUCUUUCGAGGCACUCCAGGCGCAGCAGGCCCAAGUCGAAGGAUGGACCUCGUCGGCCAACGCCGCCUCUCGACCACCACCUCCGGCCGAUCACCGCCCUCGUGCGCCCGACUACUAUGCCCCGCCCGCUCCAGGUGCAUAUCGUCCCAAUGGCGGGGGCAACCAGCAUGGUGGCGGAGGUGGCAACCCCUACGGGGGGCACAACCCCUACGGGGGGAACAACACCUAUGGAGGCGGCAACGCUUACGACAACCGCGGAGGCGGGAACAGCGGCGGUGGCCGCAACGGUCGCACCGGUGGUCGCGGCGGCGGUGGACGCAACGGAGGAGGACGCCAGCGCUGGCGUCCACGCUGUGACUACUGCGGCUAUUGGGGGCGUCUUGCCCCCGAUUGCCGUCGUGCUGCGGAGGACCAGCGCGCCAACAACUUCAUCACCCAGCGCUCCGGCAACACUGCUUCGACUAGUGGUGGCGGCAAUCCUUAG